CUGAGUUGAUUGCGGAAAAUGAGAAGGCAGCCACACAUUUCUCCAGCCAGAGUACGCUAGCCAGGUUCUCUUUCCUCUUCUUUGACUUUCAUUUGAAUGUUCGCCGUUCGGCUCGUCCACAAGACUCCAGUUCUUGACGAUGAAGUUGCGAAUUCGCAUCUGCAAGCAAACCAGCAAAGUGGACUUGGUGGGUGGUCCCGAGUCCACUUUGAAGGAGCUCAUGGAGCACAUCCGUGACGUCCUGCUGCCCGGACACGGACUCGGCCCAGACGUGACCUUUGGCCUUUCUCUCAACGGCGCCGAGCUCCUCGCUGACACGGGUCAGAAGCUGUCGUCGUGCGGCGUCGUCCCGGGCGACCUCAUCCGCGUCCUGCUUCCCGCCGGCGCCGCAGCCAACAGCAACGACGACAGCGACGACCCUCGCCCCGGCGCCUGGCGCCCCGCCGGGCCCGUCACCGUGGGGCCCGUGGCGCCGACCGGCGCUCAAACUGCCGCCGCCAUGACCUCCAGCCAGCCCCGUACGGCGGCCGCUUCUCCGGACGCCCCGCCGGACCAGCGUGCCCGCCCGACGCCGGCGACCCUCAGCUGGGAGCCCAUGCUGUGCGGCGAGGCGGGCGAGGGUCAGGCGCCGCUGUCGCUGGAGCUGCUCUACCGCGCCGCGGCGGUCACCUGCCCCGCCGACGCCAUCGUAGUGGCCGCCCACCUCCUGAUGCUGGAGACAGGUUUCACGCCGCAGGGCGGCGAGGCGAAGCCCGGCGAGAUGCCGUCUGCAUGGCGUUCGUCCGGCGGCGCCUACAGACUUCAGUACACGCACACGCUGUGCGAAAGGGGCGCGGUCACGGUGGUGGCGGUGCCCAUGAACCCGGCGCUGGUCAUCGAAGCCAUUCUGCAGGUGGCCGACAGCGCCAGCAUGGCGGCCAAAGUCUGCGUGGAGCCCGCCGGCUACGUGACGGAGGCCUGGCCAGGAGCGAGCGCGGCGUCCGCCUUCACCGGUCUGAGUCGCCUGUCGCGAGUGUUCAAGGACCAGUUGGUCUACCCGCUGAUCGCCGCCACGCGUGAAGCUCUGUGUCUGCCGGUGGUGUUCGGCCUGGCCGCCCUUCCCCCCGAGUUGCUGCUGCUGGUGCUGCGUCUGCUGGAUGUGACCUCGGUGGUGCGUCUGUCGGCCGUCUGUCGACGUCUGAACGCCGCCGCCUCGGACGCCGCCCUCUGGAGGCACCUGGUGCGGCGCGACUUCAGCGAUCACAAAUGGCAGGGAGAGACCAACUGGAAGGAGCUGUACAAGAGCUUCUACAAGUUCCGGCAGAAGCGAGGCUCGGUGGAACGCCCGUGCUCGCUCCCCCCCUUCAUCCACCGCCCCCUGUUCGGGCCGGUCCCUUUCGCCCCCCCGCGCGUCCCCGGCAUCAUCGGCGGGGCCUACGACCAGAGACCGCCCGCCCUGCCCCAUGGCGCGCGCUACGACCCCAUCGGCCCGCCGCUGCCGCAUGGCGAGCGCCGGCGGCGCAGCGACCCCCGGCCCCCGUCGGGCGGCGCCCGGCCGCCCGACGUUCGCAGGGGCUUCAUCUGAACAGGGCCGGGCCGCUUCUCGAUGGGACGCGGCGGCGUGACGACCCCUCCAAGCCACCCCGUCCCCCACCCCCUUUUAGCCAGGAAGCAGUCGGCCCCGUCCGACAAGCGCUUGGCACAUGGCCGCCGGAAGCGGGGGAGGUCGCCGGACAUCUCGGGAGGAACCGGAAAGGCAGAUCGGGCCUGCGCGUUAUUCCAUGGGCCGCAUAGGGACGUCAUUAUUUCCCAAAAAGCUCGUUUUCUCCUCUUGUGCUCAGGUAAAGUGUAAAAGUAGGGCUUUGGUGCCAGGACAAACUGACUUCAGACAAACCAAGGGUGGCCAAAGUAAUGCUUUGCUGCAAUUGCAGCGGCCGCCAAGACGGCCCCUGACCUUUUCGUGGCUCCUCGUGCAAAAAGAGCACUGAACUAUUGAACAGUGGAAUGAACCGUCGACAGGCCCGGCCGGAGAGGUCCGUUUAUUUGGAGUCGGUCGCUUGGUCGGGGGGUGGGGGUCAAGCACAAAAGUCCGGCGUGACUCUUACUCGCAUCGUGAGUCCUGUUUGAUCAAGAAUUUGGAGGAUUUUGCUUCCUGAGACGUGCGCUUGUUUUCAAUUGCCUAUUUUUGUGUAACUCGAUUAAAGGCCAUCAUUGUAACGUGGAGCAGUGCAA